UCCUGUAAUCCGGAAGUCAGGCUGCAGACUUCACAGUCACUCUCGAGUGAAUCAAUCUGCUAACUUUAAAACCAACACUUUAAGCAGUAUGGCACCUAAGAGAAGAGCAGCAUCAAGUGCAAAAGCAGGCGGGAAGAAGAUAAAGGAAGAACCUGAAGCUCCACAAAAGGACAAGUUCACAUCUGCCAAAGAGGCCCUGAAGGCAGCAGGGCCACAGGUUAAGAGUACGAGGAACCCAGACAGCUUCUGUCAUCUAUCAGGUGCUGAGGUUCAUGAAGAUUAUGACUGUAUGCUUAACCAAACCAACAUUGGACAAAACAACAACAAAUUUUAUUUAAUUCAAGUCUUGGUGUUUGGAGGAAAGUACUAUUGCUGGACAAGAUGGGGAAGAGUGGGAGAAUCAGGACAAAACAAUUUAGCUGGUCCAUCUGACGCUAAUGCAGCCAUCAAAAACUUUGAAAAGAAAUACAAAGAUAAGACCAAGAAUAACUGGAGUGAUCGAGGAAACUUUGUCUCUCAUUCAGGGAAGUACACACUAAUAGAGGUAGAUGGAGACCAGGAUGCAGAAGUGAAGGUGGACACGGUAGACGGUGGAGAUGUGAAGGUGAAUACUGCACAACGCGUUCUGCCUUGUACGCUGGAUACGGAAACCCAGAGACUUAUUCGAUUCAUCUUCAACAAUGACAUGUUCAAAGAAGCUAUGACCAGCAUGAACCUGGAUAUUAAGAAGAUGCCACUGGGGAAACUGAGCAAGCAUCAGAUAGCCAAAGGCUUUGAGGCUUUGGAGGAGAUUGAAACGGCAAUUAAGAAUGGGGAACGGAAGAAGUUAGAAGAUCUCACCUCCAAAUUCUUCACCAUAAUUCCUCAUAACUUUGGUCGCAACAGACCGCCUGUCAUCUCUGACGAUUCUGUCCUUCAGAGCAAGAAAGAGAUGCUUCUGGUUCUGGCAGAUAUCGAGAUUGCACAGAGUCUUAAAGCCGAGUCUGAGAAAGCCAAAGAGGAAAUGGUGGACACAGUGCCUCAUCCAGUAGACCAAAAUUACGAGUCUCUCAAAUGCAAUCUUACCGUGCUGGAUAAGAAGUCUAAAGAAUUUAAGAUUAUUGAGAAUUACUUGAAAGCCACGGGGCAACAACUCGGUUUAAUUGACGUCUGGGAAGUUGACAGAGAAACUGAGGCCGAGGGCUUCAAGGAAAACGAUCAUUUGGAGAACCGGAAGCUUCUUUGGCACGGAACAAACGUAGCAGUGGUAGCAGCCAUUCUGAAGAGCGGCCUUCGCAUCAUGCCUCAUUCUGGUGGGCGAGUGGGGAGGGGAAUCUAUUUUGCCUCUGAAAACAACAAAUCUGCUGGAUAUGUACGUCCAUCCAACAGAAUUGGGAUCAUGUUUCUAAAUGAAGUCGCCCUUGGAAAGGAGUACACCAUCACGAAAGAUGAUUGCAGUUUAAGGAAGCCUCCUGCUGGUUAUGACAGCGUAGUUGCACGUGGACAGCAAGAACCAGAUCCCUCUAAAGAUGUCUUCAUUGAGUUUGAUGGUAAAAAGGUGGCUGUUCCUCAAGGGCAAGCCAUAAGUCAGCCGCAGUAUGAGGGAAGUUAUUUUUACAAUAGCGAGUAUCUCAUCUAUAAGGAAAACCAGUGUCGCAUCCGAUAUCUCCUUGAGCUCCAGUUUGCCUAUUAAAAAAUUGCUCUGAAAUUUAUUGGCACUCCUAAAUAGCACUUCUGCUGUGUGGUUGCGUGGUCACUACAAAGCAUUUAAAUAUAAAGUUUGAGGAUUCUAAUAGAUUUGUUAUUCUUUCAGAUUGAUUGGUUAUGGUAAUUACAGGGUAAUAUGGUUUAUUUUUAUACAGAAGGGUUACAUUUAUUAAUAAUACUUAUUAUCAUGUAUUCCAAACUUUGUUUAGUGUAGGAUUAUGUUUGGUAUGUUUACAGUCUAAAACAUUUGAGUUGAAGUUUAAAUGUUUCUUAAUAUACAUUACCUCUAAAACUGAGAAUUUAUGCUUGUGUGUAUUAAUAUGCAAAUACAAACAAGAUAAUACAUGCAUGAAGGUUUAAACACAAUAAAUAAUGUUGAAUUAAUAUGCAGUUUUAUCAAAUAUUGGCAUAUAUGAAUAGUGAUAAAAGAUUUCUGUUUGAGAACAUGUUUUUUUUUUGGUUGGCUCAUGCUGGCUCUCUAGAUGUCUAUGUGAAGAGAUGUCCUCUUUAAAAAUUCAAACUUCUGUCGAAUGUUUUUCAUUCAAGUUAAAUUUGCACAAAUUUAUGAAAAUAUAUUUGAUUGCAAGCUGCUCAAAUGUUAUGACAAGCAUGGCAUAUAAGGGAAAUGAUGCUAUAAACUCUUUGGUUUCAUGUAUUGGUUUGAAGGUCUUUAGAUAGUCAUUACAUUAUGAAGGCAAUAGUUAUUUUUUACGAUGUUAUUUCUAUUUUCUGUGUGGUAUUGUAGGAUUAUAAAAAAUUGACAGCAUGCACAAUUUGCUUUCAGCUUUGAAGUUGUUAUAAUGCAAAGUUUACUUUCUCAUCAAUGUUGAUUUGAGUGCAUAUCAAGUAAAACAUAUACGGUGUAAACGUAUAUAAAGAAUAAAUAUGUUUAAAGAUU